AUUUGCAAUAGGUAUGCGGAGAUCACCAAUGUAAACAUUUUUUCUACAGGAAUAUUCAUCUAAAAUGUCGACGUCCGAAGGCCUUUGGGAGGACAGGGAUGUCAGAUUUGAUAUCUCUGGAAAUCAGAUGAAGAUGAGGGCUGGGGAGAAGUUGAUUGACAAGAUGGACGCCGUGGAAGACACCAAGGGGAACAAUGGAGAAAGAGGUCGCCUUAUAGUAACAAACCUGCGACUGAUAUGGCACUCUAUUGGCAUGCCACGUGUAAACUUAUCCAUUGGAUUUAACUGUGUCAUCAAUAUUUCUACAAAAACAGCUCAGUCAAAACUGCGAGGGACCACAGAAGCUCUGUAUGUUUUGACCAAGUGCAAUAGUACUCGCUUCGAGUUCAUCUUUACAAAUCUGAUUCCUGGUUCUCCACGGCUGUUUACCACAGUGAUUUCUGUGCACAGAGCAUAUGAGACAUCUAAAUUGUAUCGGGACCUAAAACUACGGGGCCCUCUCAUUCAGAACAAGAACCUCAGGCUUCUACCACAGGAACAGGUGUAUGAUAAGGUCACAGGUGUCUGGAAUCUCUCCAGUGAUCAGGGAAAUUUAGGGACGUUUUUCAUCACGAAUGUUCGACUGGUCUGGCAUGCCAAUAUAAACGAGUCAUUCAACGUCAGCAUACCAUAUCUACAGAUGAAAACAAUCAAGAUUCGAGAUUCCAAGUUUGGCUUAGCCUUGGUAGUUGAAAGUUCAUCGACGAGUGGGGGUUAUGUGCUGGGAUUCCGUAUAGACCCAGUGGAGAAACUUCAGCAGACUCACAAGGAAAUCCAGAGUCUGUACAAGGUCUAUAGUGCCUGCCCAGUGUUCGGGGUGGAGUUUGAAGAAGAUGAUAGGCCACAAGGCCUGGAUGAGCUUACCAUUGAGCGAGUGCAAGACGAUGUUGAAAUAGAGACAGAUGGACAGUCAGAUGCCUUUGCUGCAUACUUUGCAGAUGGUAACAAGAAUAAAGAUCGUGAUCCUGUGUAUUCUGAAGAGCUUGGACUUGCUGUCGAGAAACUGAAGGAUGGGUUUACUUUGAGUGGUCUCUGGGAUGUCUUGUCCUAGAGGGAACUACGCUGUGUGGUUUGUGGGCUCUGGGAUGUCUUGUCCUAGAGGGAACUACUCUGUGUGGUUUGUGGGCUCUGGGAUGUCUUGUCCUAGAGGGAACUACGCUGUGUGGUUUGUGGUCUCUGGGAUGUCUUGUCCUGGAGGGAACUACACUGUGUGGUUUAUUUCAUAGAAAGCAGUUACAAUUACAUCACCCUGUGUGUAAUGGUGUAUAAUUAUCAGUCAUGUAAAAGCUUGUAACAAUUUGUGAAUGAAGUUGGCCAUUACCAAUUUUUAUGGAUAAGCUUCAAUUUUUGUUUUUAUUAUUCUUUUUCAAUUUAAAAACCUACCCGCCGAAUGACGAUAAUCUGGCAAGAGCUUAUUGAUAUCAGUUUAUACCGCUACUUUACAUUGAGAUUUUCUUUUCCGUCCAAAUUUGCAAUGAGCCUUUGAAAUUCACUUGUUUAUUUAUAUCUAUUUAAUUAUUUGUCAUGUAAAUCAACAUUCCAGAAAACAUGGAUGCCUGUCCAGGUCCUAUUAGAUAAUUUUAUUAACUCUGACAUGUUUAUCAGAUAAAAAUAAACCAGAAUUGAAUGAUGUUAAGGAAUUUCUAAAUUGUAAAAUUUUAGUGUCCUCAUUAGUGAAAUUAUAAAAAACAUCUGGGGGAAUCUAACAUUUUGUGUGGUGCAAUUUUGAAGAAUUAAUAAAUGGACAAAAUUCCAGCGAGAAUCACAGGGAAUUCAACGUGUCGAUUCUUAGACAACUAAAGUCAACCUUCAGAUUCCACAGUUAGAUAUGUCAACAAUACUGGAAAAGUGCUGUGAUGUUUGAUGUGGUUAUCCUUUGUUUUGGUGUACAUGUUCCUCUGUGAAAUAAAAUCAUUUGUCUUCA